GGCCCGUUUGGGUGAGCAGUUGUGACGUCACCAGCCCUCGUCGGGUUGCUACAGCACGACUGCAAAGAUUAGGCUUUUUGGCUGACCGAGGAAAGGGGAGUGUGGGUUCAGAGCGCUGGGAAACCGCUCCCGGUGCACGAAAGCUGGAACGUGGGGUCUCGCGUGUUGCCCCCACAGCAACGGUAAAACGGAAGUCCUACUCCCGCGCAGCCCGGCGUCUGGGCGGAAACGGCGUUCCUCGGAGUUGAGACCCCGUACCUUCGCGCCUGGGCGGUCUCGGGCUUGGCUGUGCUGAGCUAAGGGAGCGUCCUCAGCUGGUACUGAUGCUGAAUAUGCCUUGUUAGCAUAUUAAAAUGGCUGUGACUCAAAACGCCAUCCCUUCCUUGUCGGAAUGUCAGUGCCGCAUCUGUGUGGAAAUCCUGAUUGAGCCCAUAACACUGCCUUGUAACCACACGCUCUGUAAUCCCUGCUUCCAAUCGACUGUCGAAAAGGCAAGUUUAUGCUGUCCUUUCUGUCGCCGCCGGGUCUCUUCGUGGACCCGGUAUCACACCCGAAGAAAUUCUCUUGUCAACAUGGAACUGUGGGAGAUAAUCCAAAAACACUAUCCAAAGGAAUGCAAGCUUAGAGUCUCUGGGCAGGAAUCAGAGGAGAUCGUUGAUGACUAUCAGCCAGUUCGCUUAUUAAGUAAACCUGGGGAAUUGAGAAGAGAAUAUGAAGAGGAGAUAAGCAAGGUGGAAGCAGAGCGACGAGCCAGUGAGGAAGAAGAAAACAAAGCCAGCGAAGCAUACAUACAGAGAUUAUUGGCAGAGGAAGAAGAGGAGGAAAAACAACAGGCAGAAAAGAGGCGAAGAGAGAUGGAAGAACAACUGAAAAGUGAUGAAGAACUAGCAAGAAAGCUAAGCAUUAAUAUUAACAAUUUCUGUGACGGAAGUGUCUUGGCUUCUCCCUUGAAUUCCAGAAAAUCUGAUACAGUCACAACCAAGUCUCAAAAGAAGAGUAAGAACAAACAAACAAACACUGGAGAUAUUCAGAAGUAUUUGUCACCUAAAUCUCAAUUUGGAUCAGCAUCGCAGUGUGAAGUUGUGCAAGAAAGCAAGAAAAACUCCAUGUCCAAGGAAACUGACGGUACUAUUGUAAAUAGCCCAACAAGGCAAGAUACAGAAAUUGAAGAAGAUAUGCCAACACUUUCUCCGCAAAUAGGCAUGGACGUUCAAGAACAAGGUGCAAAGUCUUCAGUAGAGUCACCUAUGCCUCAGUUAUAUGCCAGUGGUAGAGAGUGGUGCCUUGAAGCAGAAGUCAAAAUGAGACCAAGCAAUCAUGAUAAAGAGUUAUGUGUCCUAAAUGAUGAGGGACCUGAAGCCAGAGUUCCAUGCUCUGGAGAAACAGAGAGCGCAUGCACUAUAUCAGGUAUGACACAGAUAAUUGAAAGUAACACAGUUGAGACAGAAAAUGAAGACUCUUGCCUCCUGACCAGUAAAGAUAUUUCCAAAAGAAAAAACCAGGAAUCUUCAUUCGAAGCAGUCAGGGAUCCCUGCAUUUCUGCAAAAAGAAGGAAAAUGUUCCCCAGAGCUUCCUCAGACCAAGAGGAAACAGAAAUCAAUUUUACCCAAAAACUGAUAGAUUUGGAACGCUUACUUUUUGAGAGACAUAAACAGGAAGAACAGGACAGGUUGUUAGCAUUACAGCUUCAGAAACAAGUAGAUAAAGAACAAAUGAAGCCAAACCGGCAAAAAGGAUCCCCAGAUGAGUAUCUGUUACGUCCUACAUCUUCACCACCAGACAAGUUGCUAAAUGGACAGAGGAAGAAUUCCAAAGACAGGAACUUCAAAAGACAGACUGAUAUAGAGCAUUCAGAAUCUCGGAGAGGCUCAAAAAAUGAAAACUGGCAGCCAUCUUUUAAGAUCCAGUUGAAACAUUCAGUUAAUGUUAAUGGGAGAAAGAUGCCAAAUUCUUCUAGAGAUAAUUGUAAUGUAUCUAAAAGUGCUCAUUCCCUACAGCCUAGUAAGUCACAGAAAAGUAUUUUUCAGAUGUUUCAGAGGUAUACGAAGUAAUGUGUGGGUAAAGGGAGUGUUUCAUAAUCUAGUAAAGCUGGAUUGUGAAGCUCUCUUCUAUCAUAGAAUCUUUAUAAAUUUUUUCGUUAAUUUUGCUCUGUGGUCACACUCAUUGUCCUUAAUUAAAGGACUGGUGAUUACAAGAGAGAAAUAUAUAAAUGUGUUUCUGCCAAACUCAGUGGUAAGCAGGAGUCCCAAUCCUUUCCUUUUUUAAUAACUGUGAUAUACUGUUGGACAAUCCUUAUGGAUAUAAGAAUGCCUUGGUGAACUCCCAAGAAAUUUUCAAGUGCCAUUCUCUUUCCAAAAAAUGCAUGUUUUAUGGCCUUUGCCUCCUUCCCUUUUUGUCCUAACUAGUAAUCAAAGUAAGAUUAUACUAUACCAGGUAGUUAGGAGUUUUCUUACAACUUUCCCAUAUAUUUGCAGAGCACAUGACAUGCAUCUUCCAUAACACUAAAGUAAUCUAGUUUUCAUCUCCACUUUAAUUAUUUUAAGCAUUAUAGCAUUUUCUUCCAUUUAAAAUGGUUUAUGAUCAAUGUGAAAUCAGAAAAAUCAGAGUUUCUUGGAAAAUAAGGAAUUAGUUGACAAAGGAAACUAGACUCUUGUUGCAAAAGGAGUUAAGAGUUGGGGUGAGGCUCAGUGGGGUGGAUUGACAAUUUGGAAACGCUAGAACUGAGUGAAUAAUUAGAAACAAUGUCUAGGAUGGAGUAGCAGGUGAGGUUUGGCAGAGGAUUCCCCCUCCUCCUUUCUCUGCUUAAUGACAUGGAAAACAUUUGGGUUUAGGCUUUUCACACCACAGUAUCUGGUGUCAAAAUAAAAAUCAGUUACUAAAUUGCCUGAAAUUUGGGGAAUUCACUUUUCUAUUAUUCUGGUAUUCUAGGGGAAUAAAUGGGAAUUAAUAUCAUCUCAUUAUGGGACUUGAGACAUAACCAUGUGUUUAUUUCCUUAUAUUAUCAUUUAUAUUGAUGCUGACUUUUAUUUGUGUUUAUGGACAGAAAAAGUCUGAUGCUUGAGUUUUGCCAUCUUACCCUGAAAGUUAAAUCAGAAGGCAGUGAUUUCAUUUUGUGAAAUUUAACUUAGAGAUGUAAUCUCUUGUUCAUUAAUAUGAACAGCUUUAAGCAAAUAACAGUUUUAACAGCAUUUCUGCUGAUCUCUAGUUAUUCAUCCUUUUAAAAUAAAAGUAUAAUAAAAUGUCCU